CCUUUUCUGAGGUUUUAUUCCUCGCAAAGUCUCAGUUUUUAGACACCCAUUUCGCUCCUCUGUUUCUUGUCUCUUCGGGUUUCCUCGGAUUCUCAAAAGGUCGACCCUUUCCAUGGCUCUUCAUCUCCAUCUUCUUUCUCUUGUCCUUGUUCUUGCUGCAGCUUCUUCGCGGGUGUCAGCUGAUGAAGGAGCCUUCAUAGGAGUGAACAUAGGGACAGAUCUCUCUGACAUGCCGCAUCCAACACAAGUUGUAGCUCUUCUCAAGGCUCAGCAAAUCAAACAUAUCCGCCUUUAUGAUUCUGACCCAGGAAUGCUGAUUGCCCUUUCAAACACUGGCAUCAAAGUGGUUGUCUCAGUUCCUAAUGAUCAGCUCCUAGGAAUCGGUCAAUCAAAUUCCACCGCUGCCAAUUGGGUCAAACGCAACGUCAUCGCUCAUUACCCUGCCACGAAUAUCACUGCCAUUGCUGUAGGCUCUGAGGUUCUGACCACUCUUCCCAAUGCUGCUCCUAUUCUGGUGAAUGCUAUUAAAAAUAUUCACUCGGCUCUACUCUCUGCAAAUCUUGAUGGUCGGAUAAAGGUUUCUACUCCAUUGUCCACCGAUUUGAUCCUCGACCCUUUUCCUCCAUCACAAGCCUUCUUUAACCGCUCAUGGAAUCUGGUUCUGGUCCCCUUGCUAAGCUUCUUGCAGUCCACGGAUUCAUAUCUCAUGCUCAACGUGUAUCCUUACGACGACUAUAUGCGAUCAAACGGAGUGAUUCCUCUGGACUAUGCCCUAUUCAAACCAAUCCCUCCGAAUAAAGAAGCUGUGGACUCUAACACACUUGUUCACUACUCAAAUGCCUUUGAUGCUGUUGUUGAUGCUGCCUAUUUCGCCAUGGAAUUCGUCAACUUCACUAAGAUUCCUGUCGUGGUGACUGAAUCGGGUUGGCCUUCAAAGGGUGAUUCCAACGAGCCGGAUGCCACUCUUGAAAACGCCAACACAUACAACAGCAAUCUUAUCAGACAUGUACUGAACAAGACAGGAACUCCCAAGCGUCCGGGAAUUGCAGUGAGCACUUACAUUUACGAGCUCUACAACGAGGACACGAAACCCGGACCGCUGUCUGAGAAAAAUUGGGGACUGUUUGAUGCGAAUGGUGACCCGGUCUACAUUCUACAGUUAACUGAUUCAGGGUCGAUUUUGGCAAAUGACACGACCAACCAGACAUACUGCACUGCAAGAGAAGGGGCUGACCCGAAGAUGCUUCAAGCGGCUCUUGACUGGGCAUGUGGCCCGGGGAAGGUAGAUUGCUUGCCAAUAAAGCAAGGAGAGGCUUGCUAUGAACCGGAUAAUGUGGUUGCACACGCGAAUUAUGCAUUUGAUACAUAUUAUCAUAAGAUGGGGAACAAUCCGGAUGCCUGUAAUUUCAACGGUGUUGCUUCCAUCACAACAACAGAUCCAAGUCAUGGUUCAUGCGUGUUUGCCGGAAGCCGCGGAGGUGGAAGGAACGGAACAUUGGUCAACAUAACAGCGCCGUCCAUGAAUUCCACGAGUUCGGGGUUCAAUACCGGCAUGUUUUAUAGUCGGGGUAUGUCGAACGUAUUAACUGUGAUUCUGAGUCUGAUCUUCUUGUGAAAAUUCUUGUGGGGGCAUUGGCGCAUUGGAGUAUCUUGGUUAUGUCAGAAAGCUUUUGGCCGGAAUGUCCAGGUCUCAAUUGGUUUGGUGUAGUAUUAGUGGUUGGAGUAGAUUUGCAAGGAGAUUGUGAUGAAUGAUGAUUCAAUUUUGUAUACAGAAUCUGAAACAUUUGGGUUAUUUUCCUCUGUUCAAAGU